CAUCUUGAAUUGGAUUUACAAAAAAUCCUCUUUUUAAUUUCUCAGUCUAUCGUACUAUUAGAUAAUAUGGCAGAAAGAUAUAGCUUCAGUCUAACAACCUUCAGUCCUUCUGGCAAGCUUGUGCAAAUUGAAUAUGCUUUGGCUGCAGUUGCUGCUGGUGGUCCCUCAGUUGGAAUAAAAGCCACAAAUGGAGUAGUUCUUGCUGCAGAAAAGAAACAAAAAUCAAUAUUAUAUGAUGAUUCUACAAUUCACAAGAUUGAGAUGAUUACAAAGAAUGCAGGUUUAGUGUAUAGUGGAAUGGGUCCUGACUGCAGACUUUUGGUGAAACGUGCGAGAAAAAUUGCUCUGCAGUAUUUCCUCAUUUACCAUGAACAAAUACCAACGUCACAGUUAGUUCACAGAAUUGCAUCUGUUAUGCAAGAAUAUACACAGUCUGGCGGCGUACGGCCUUUUGGUGUAUCUCUUUUAAUAGCGGGCUGGGACGAAGAUAGGCCGUAUCUUUUCCAGUGCGACCCAUCGGGAGCAUACUUCGCUUGGAAGGCAACAGCUAUGGGUAAAAACCAUUUGAAUGGAAGAACCUUCCUGGAAAAACGGUAUAAUGAUGAAUUGGAGUUAGAAGAUGCAAUACAUACGGCUAUAUUAACACUAAAGGAAAGUUUUGAAGGUCAGAUGAACGAAGAAAAUAUUGAAGUUGGCAUAUGUACCGCGUCAGGAUUCCGUCGUCUACCGCCUGCCGAAGUUAAAGAUUAUCUAGCUUCAGUGCUGUAGUAUCAGUGACUAUAGGUGUUCAUUCUACAAUACUUUCUAUACUGUUUUUGUUAUGAUAUACCGAAAUUAUAGUAAAUAGACCCGACGUCCUGUUCCCAGUCUUCUCUUUUAAGAAAAAUCAAAGUUGCUUGUAAAUAGGCGCGCGUGAAUAUGCCUCUGCCGCAGGUCCCUCAGUUUGAAUUAACCAGGGGCCGGUUGUUCGAAAGGCGUUUAGCUUAAACGGUGGAUAAGCCAAAGUAUAAAAAUACGCUCAUAGAUCUUGUAAAUGACUGAACUUGCAUCUUAUGC